AUGGCGAUGAUUGUCAAUGAUACCCGAUCGUCCGUGGCCCGAUCGUCCGUAGCCCGAUCGUCCGUGGCGCAUUCUAUUUCGGCUGAGCAUUCGGAAUCGUUCGCGGCAGGUGCUCGUGCUCGAGCACGCGCGUGUGCCCGUUCUAAUUCGCGGGUGGCAGAACGGAGUGAGGUGGAGUCUUCGGGUGCGUUGACAUGGACGGAGAGUCGGACUGGGCGUUCGGGGUUGGGAAGUGGGGCAUUGUUGGAUUUUGAUACGGGUGGUGCGCGACAAGUAAUUGAGGACUUGGCAGCGAGUCAGUAUACAUUAACGGACUUGUUACAGCAUGCACGGUCAUAUGAGGCGGCCUCCUUUCGGGAUGCGUCGCGUAAAGCGGAACAUGAGGUUAUGGAACCGACAAGUGGACUCAACAUUCGUGCGGCGGAACCUCCCGUCCGUAUCGUGGAGGAGUUCAAGUCGGACUUACAUCGCGGGUUGACAGUUGUUCAAUAUCGUGAACAUCUGGUGACCUACGGUCCCAAUAAGCUGGCAGAUGUACCUCGUGAAAGCCCGUUUUCUAUAUUCCUCCGGUCGUUAGCAGCGCCGGUGAUUUUGCUGCUGCUCACGGCCGGUGUGGUUUGCUUCGCCUUCCAGGAGUGGGCGGAGGGUGCGGUGGUCAUCACAGUGGUGUUGGUGAACUCGCUGAUGACCACGGUCAUGGAAUCUUCGGCCUCGAAUGCCAUGGCCGCUUUGGCACAACUCGCUGCACCCGCCUGCGACGUCGUCAGGGACGGACAGGAACUGACUAUAGACAGCACUGACGUCGUACCAGGAGACGUGCUCCUACUCACCACCGGCUGCACUGUAGCCGCAGAUGCACGCGUGGUAGAAGCCUCUGACCUGCGCACCAAUGAAGUCAUCCUCACAGGCGAACCACACGAAGUACAUAAAGGCGUCGUCUGCAAAAACCCGCAUGUCGCCUUCGCAGAUAACCUAUGCUUCGGCUCAACCAACGUCGUCAACGGACGCGGAAAAGCCAUAGUCUACGCUACGGGAAUGAACACACAGGUCGGACGCAUUGCCGCACACCUCGCCGGACAUCGAACGGACAAAGCAAAAGGCAAAUGCAAAUGCAACCACUCCGGGCACAAAACACCCCUCCAAGCCGCAUUAGACAAACUCGGCGGUUGGAUCGGAGGUGUAGCAGUCAUCUGCCUCGCCAUCGUUGUCGUCGUCGCAAUCCUCAUCGAAUAUGAAGAUCCCACACACCCAGACGUGAACCGAAUACUCGCCGUAAAUCUCUACACUGAUGCACAAAACAGAUCCGCAACAGAUGUGCAAAUACGGAUUCGCUUCCAAACACGUGUGUAUCAAACACGUGUGUGCACACACAUAUCGUGGUUGCAGAUUAUUCUGGUGGGGGUCGGAUUCGCAGUGUGUUGCAUACCGGAAGGGUUGCCGUUGGUCGUGACUAUCUGUCUCAGUCGCGGGUGUACGGAACUGAUGCGGAAGCAGGCGAACGUACGGAAACUGCCGGCAGUGGAGACGUUGGGGAGUUGCAGUGUCAUUUGUUCCGACAAAACGGGUACGUUGACGGAAGGGAAGAUGACCGCGACUGACUUGGUUGUCUUUACGACUGAGUCUGAAGGUCAGUUCCAGUUUUACCCGACUCGCGGGUUCGAUCCUCACGGGUCCUUAUUUCUACGUCAGGCGUUGAACGCGGACGUAAAGGAGCGCAUUUCUGCUUUGUGCGCUCAGGCGACCACGUCCGUCCGGCCGGACUUCGGCUCAGUCGCAACGGACGUGAGCGCUGCGGACGAGAUGAUGGGGUUGUGUCCUCUCGCCCGCAGCGCCAUGGUGGCAUUUUAUCUCAACUCCUACACGACCAAGCUGGUCGAAUCAGAGGAGAAGACAUGGAAAACUGUGGGCAACAUGUCCGAAGGCGCGAUUGUCGUCGCCGCGGCUAAAUGUGGCCUGGGCAGCCUCCCCGGCUGCCGCGACCCCCGGGAGGAAUACACACGCGUGGUGGAGGGGGAAGUGGCCUUCAGUAGUAGCCGCAAGUGCAUGGCCACUCUUCACCAACUUGUUGAACCCAACAAAUUCGAGACCAUUCGCUUCCAGUCGACUGGGAAAGCCGGGACGGCCACAGCCGGGACGGUACAGGAAGAUCCAGUGACGCACGUGGCGGUGAUAAAGGGUGCGCCGGAGAAGUUGUUGGCGCAGGUGAAGCGUUGUUUGAAGAAGAGCGCGGCAGAACCGGGCACGUAUUCACCGGAACCGGACGUCCGGAUUUCCUUGGAAGCGGCGGCCGCAGCGAACGUGGGGAUGUCCAACCAGGCAUUGCGAGUACUGGCGUUGGCGCUGGUACCGAUCCGUGCAUCGCAGGUGGGAUGCAUCGUGUCGCACUCGGGCAACGCAGACGAGUUGGUUCAGUGCUACUUCCAGCUUGACUUCACUCUCCUAGGCAUGGUAGGAUCCAUCGAUCCCCCUAAGGAGGGUGUGCGGGAAGCAGUGCUUGGUUGCAAGUCUGCUGGCAUCAAGGUCAUCAUGAUCACCGGCGACCAGGUGAACACAGCGAAGGCAGUCGCGGACCAGAUCGCCAUUACAGAGCCGGGCACCAGGGACAACCCUGAGAACGUCGCCAGACGAGCAGAUGUCACCGGAGGAGCCUCAGACAGUCCGGGCACCGCCACCGAGGGAGGGUGUCCGGAGCGCACGGACAGCGAGAGUGGGGACCGCGGUAGUGCGGCCCGUCCGGGCGUGGACCAUGGGGGUGUGGUGACGAUGUGUGCGGCGUUGCACGACCGGGAUGACCCGUUUGCAGCGCACCGGUCAUCGCGCGAGGUGGACGCUAUAGUGCGGCGUACGAGUGUGUUUGCGCGUGCGCAGCCGGAGGACAAGAUUGCAAUUGUGAAAGCAUUGCAGCGGAUGGGUCAUGUGGUCGCCAUGACUGGGGAUGGGGUGAAUGAUGCCCCAGCAUUGCAGGCAGCGGACAUCGGGGUGUCGAUGGGUAUUACGGGUACAGAUGUGGCCAAGGGUGCGAGUGAAUUGGUGUUGCUGGAUGACAAUUUUGUUACCAUCGUGUCGGCCAUCAACAUUGGGCGUCGCAUCUACUGUAACAUACAGACCUUCGUCGCCUACAUGAUCGGCUGCAAUACGGCCGAGGUCAUUUACCUCCUGACUGCCAUUUUGUGCGAUAUGAUGAUGCCCAUCGCCGCCGUCCAAAUCUUGUUCCUUAAUCUCAUGACCUCGCUACCGGCACUCAGCCUCUCUGUCGAGCCCGCCAACCCUGAUAAUAUGCGUAAACCACCCCGCCCAAGUGGCCAACCCAUUAUGACCAAGGACUGGUGGCUGUUUGGUAAUCUUCCGCACGCGUUUGUCGAAAGUGUGCUGGUUCUCGUUAAUCUCGCACUCGCCAUGUACCUUAACAACGGUGUUGUCACCAUCUCCCAAGUCCAUGGACAAUGCCGCCGCACAGAUUACCAAGCCUACUUCUGCCAAAAUGUGGAGUACCGCCUCGACCACGGCUUCUCCGGCUGGGUGACCAACGUGGACUACUUUGACGGCACCACCAUGCGUCAGAUCCUCGGUGCCACCAAGGGCAAACACACCCACUGGCUACGACCCGAUGACAUCUUCGGCGCCGGCGGCGCAGCCGCCGCGGCGCCGGGAUGCGAAAUACUGGACGAGUACGGCUGGUGUGUGCCGCCGGCGUCGUACCGUCAUGAAAACCACACUGUGCUCAUGCGUGGAAGUGAAAUAGCAUUGUCAAUGUCCUUCCUGUGUUGCGUGGUGAUCGAGAUCAUUCGUACCUACACUGUUCGUAGUUGGAUUGCGGGUUGGAAAAUAUUCAAUCGGAGCGGCGCAAUGCAUGUGCUCUGCUCCGCCUGUCUGGCUCUCACCAUCCUAGUCAUCAUCAUCCCCGGACUGAACAGCAUCCUUAGCCUUUGGCCGCUACAGUGGUGGCAAUAUCUCAUUCCGCUCGGCUGGAGUCUACUCGCCGCCGUUUGGGAUGAAUGUACUGGCAAAUAUUACUAUCGACACCAUUAUUAUCCCAAUCAUGUACUCAACAAAAAACCAGCCCCCACAGCCUCUCGCCAACCCACCAGCGCCCACGAAGAUCCCGAACCUAUCGACGAGACCCUUGUAUUGCGGGCUAGCGAACCAGUCAAAAUUCCACUCGGCUCCCACCACAUUACCAUCCACCGAAAAUCAUCUGUUCCACAAAACGCGGCUGAAUUCUGA